AGUUGAUUCCUGCCGGUGGUCGGGAGCAGAUCGAAUUGUGUUACUAGACUUCGUCGCGUCCAGGCAACAAUCUGUGCGCCAUGGGUUACGUCAGUGUUGUGUUAUUUCUGGUGGUCCCCGCGCUCACCCUGCUUUACCUCUACUUGAAGCAGCACUACCGUCAUUGGGCAAAUCGGAACCUACCCCAGCUGGAAGCGUCCUUCCCGCUAGGCAACAUGAAGGGCGUCGGGUCCGAGAUUCACUUCAACGAUGUGCUGAACGAAGCGUACGCAAAAGGUAAAGCACAGUCGGCCCCGCUCGUCGGACUGUACUUUAUGCUCAAGCCCAUACUGAUCGUGACCGAGCUGGACAUGGUGAAGCGCAUACUGGUGAAAGACUUUAGCAGCUUCCACGACCGUGGCCUGUACGUGAACGAGCGGGACGAUCCCCUGUCCGGGCAUCUGUUUGCGCUGGACGGUGAGCGGUGGCGCUAUCUGCGCAACAAGCUCAGCCCCACGUUCACGUCCGGCAAGAUCAAGCUGAUGUUCAGCACGAUUUGCGAGAUCGGUGACGAGUUUCUGGCCACGGUGAAUCGGUUCGUCGAGCGGGAUGAGCCGUUGGAUGUGAAGCUGCUUUCACAGUGCUUCACCUGCGACGUGGUAGGCUCGUGCGCGUUCGGGUUGCAGUGCAAUUCGCUCAAAAACGGAGGCUCCAAGCUGCUCGAGAUUGGCGACAAGGUGUUUAAACCACCAGCGUGGCGAAAUAUGCUGGUGUUUGCGCUCAUCUCGUUUAAGAAGCUGGCGAAACGAUUGCGCUUACCCGUGCUACCGGGCGAGGUGACGUCAUUCUUUAUGCCGCUUGUCACCGAGACGGUGGCGGAUCGGGAACGGAACUCGAUCGAACGGCCCGAUUUUCUCAAUCUGCUGAUACAGCUCAAGAACAAAGGUACGGUCGAGGACGAAACAACGGAGGGACUGCAAAAGCUGACGCUCGACGAGGUGGCAGCGCAGGCGUUUGUGUUCUUCUUCGCCGGGUUCGAAACGUCCUCGACAACGCUCUCGUUCGCACUGUUCGAGUUGGCCAACAAUCCCGACAUUCAGGAGCGAGUGCGGGCGGAGGUGCUGGAAAAGCUUCAACUCCACGACGGCAAGAUAACGUACGACGCCCUGAAGGAGAUGACGUACCUCGAUCAGGUCAUCAAUGAGACACUUCGUAUGUAUCCGCCAGUUCCGCAGCUGAUACGCGUCACCACUCAACCGUACAAGGUGGAGGGAGCGAACGUAACGCUCGAGCCCGACACGAUGCUGAUGAUACCGAUCUACGCGAUACAUCACGAUGCCAGCAUCUAUCCCGACCCGGAACGUUUCGAUCCGGAUCGGUUUGCACUGGCCGCGACGCACGCAAGGCACACUCACGCGUUCCUGCCGUUCGGCGAUGGGCCGCGGAAUUGCAUCGGCAUGCGCUUUGGGCUGCUGGAGGUAAAGUUUGGCAUCGUGCAGAUGGUGAGCAAGCUGCGGUUCACCGUCAGCGAGCGUAUGCAGAUGCCGCUCCGGAUGUCGAAAACGGCCUCCAUACUGGAAGCGGAAGGAGGCAUUUGGCUUAACGCAACGAAACUGUGAAGCUGUGCCAAGCUGUGCUGACUUAUCGCGCCGGUCAAUGUUUGAUAUCUGAUAGGAAUGACAUGUCUAUCUGGGGUCGGGGUUUGGCUUUGUCAAACAACUGUUGCCAUAUUUUGCUUACUCUUUUAGGUUACUUACUGCUGCAAUGAUCCCGUCAAUAUUAGACUGUUUGCAACCGAAGUAAAAAAUAAGAAAACUGAUAAAACUAUAUCGAAAUAAACAGGAGUUACUAAUCGACAUAAAAGUGCAAUGCUACGAAGCGAAGACAAUUUAACAAAUAAGGUGCAAUGCACGAUGCAUAUGAACGUAUGAUCGCAAUAAACAACCUAAUCUAUUACCAGUA